AUGGACUGCUAUGGAGUCGUUUUUGGAGAGGAGAUGCAGGAUGAUGGAAAAUUUGGAUCAAGCUUUGGUAACGCAAACACCAGGCCAUCAGUUGCCCUCUGUGGAGACAUCUGCAAGAUGUACCGCUGCGUGCGUGUGUCCUACCCGGAUGACUUUUUGCAGUGUAUUGUUUGGCGAGAGAAGUCCACGGAUGAGUUGAGUGUUUACAAAUUGAACACGGUGACUUAUGGUACCAAGCCAGCUGCCUUUCUGGCUAUAAGAGCCAUGCAUCAGCUCUCUUAUGAUGAGGAGGAUUCGUUUCCAAUUGGAGCAAAAAUUGUUCGUAGGGACUUCUACGUGGAUGAUUUAAUCUCUGGUGGCGAGUCAAUUGAAGAGGUUAGGGAAAUUCGUCGUCAGGUGAAGGAUCUAUUGUCGCGAGGCCAUUUUCCAAUCCGCAAAUGGUGUUCUUAUGAUGGACGCGCCCUCGAAGGAGAGUCUGACUGCGAUAAGGAGAAGCUAAUUCAAUUUCACGACGGAUCAGCUGUUACCAAGGCGCUGGGAUUAGCCUGGGAUCCUUCUUCUGACCAACUUCUGUUCAACUUUUCUCAAUUAUCUGUAAAUCAUCGAGUCACCAAGCGUAUUGCACUUUCAACAAUAGCCAAAUUCUAUGAUCCGCUCGGUUUAAUAACACCGAUUGUCACAAAGGCCAAGAUCUUUUUGCAAUCCCUAUGGAAUGCUAACUCUUCCAUCCAGUUGCAUGGAUUCUGCGAUGCUAGCAUAGCGGCUUAUGGAGCGUGUUUAUACUUGCGGUCGGAGGCCAAUGGAGAAGCAAAGGUCCACUUGCUCUGCGCCAAGUCGAGAGUGUCCCCUUUAAAGGCUUUGACAAUUCCAAGAUUGGAGUUGUCGGCAGCGCUUUUAUUGGCGGAGCUUAUCGUAAGCGUCAAGGAAACCAUCGAUUUCGAAUGCGACAUUUAUUGCUGGUCCGACUCGUCUAUCGUACUGGCGUGGAUUCGGCAGCCUCCGAGGGAUUUCAACGUAUUUGUAUCCAACAGAAUCGCGAAAAUUCAGGAGAUGACAAAAGGCAUGACUUGGCACCAUGUUCCAACAAGCUUAAAUCCGGCGGAUGUCGUAUCGCGAGGCUGUACCCCGAGAGAAUUGCUGGAGCACUCCCUAUGGGCUAACGGGCCUCCAUUCCUGCUGCAAAGCUCGUCAAAAUGGCCCUCUCUUCCAAAUGCAGUUAAGGAUCUUCCAGAACGUCGUUCCGCAGCGCUAGUUGGAACUGUUUGCACUGACAUUUCGAUCAACUGCAAAUUCCUUAACCCUUUUCAUAAGUUGCAGCGUGUAUUUGCGUACAUUUAUCGGUUCAUUUCGAAUUGCAGAGCAAAAUCUUCACCUUCAAGGAACCGUAUUACCGUUGAGGAGCUCAAUUCGGGGACCGUACUUCUUCUUAGGAGCAUCCAACAGGUUCACUUAGCCAAGGAGUAUGGAUGUCUUAGCCAGGGCAGGCCGUGUCCACAGAAGAGCAAGCUGAUUUCGCUGAGACCAAUAAUCGGCUCCGAUGGAUUACUUCGCGUUGGUGGAAGACUUCAGAAUGCAAAUCUGGACUACGAUACUCAGCAUCCGAUAUUGUUACCCAAGGAUCAUCCAGUUACAAAGGCAAUCAUCGCAGAGGCCCGCAACAAGGCGCCUCACAAGUGUUACAUAGCCGUCUUUGUCUGCUUCUCUACGAAGGCCACGCAUUUGGAAGACGUCCAGGAUCUCACAACGGAUUCUUUCAUCGCAGCGUUGAGAAGAUUCACCAGCCUGAGAGGCACUCCGCGCACUAUUUGGAGUGACAAUGCGACGAAUUUUGUCGGCGCUAAGAGCGAGCUAACCGAGCUGAAGAAUCUAUUUCUGAGCGAACCCCACACGGCUGCGAUAGCUUCCUCUUGCUUAGCUGAUGGGAUUGAUUGGAAGUUCAUACCUCCGCGUGCCCCACAUUUCGGUGGUUUAUGGGAGGCGGCUGUUAAAUCGGCCAAAUUUCAUUUUUAUAGAGUCGUCGGUGCUUCCAUCUUGGGCCUCGAUGAAUUGAGAACUCCCGCUUAUGAGAUUUCUGCCAUUCUUAACUCCCGUCCACUCUGUCCAAUUUCAGAAAACGCUGAAAGUCUUGACGUGUUAACGCCGGCCCAUUUCCUGAAAGGCUCCAGCUACACAAGGUUUCCUGAGCCUGAUAUCACGCAUCUCCGAGAAGGCCGCCUCAGCAGAUGGCAAAGGGUGACACAGAUGCAGCAGCAAUUCUGGAAGCGGUGGAGCAGCGAGUACUUAUCCUUGCUCCAAGAAAGGAGUAAGUGGCGCGUCGAAACAUCCAACAUCAAGGUCGGAAGCAUCGUGUUGCUGAAGGAGGACAACCUUCCACCCUUGAAAUGGCAGCUGGGGUGCAUCCAAGGAGUCGUUCCAGGCGAGGACGGUGUCGUCAGAGUAGCUAUGGUCCGUACAGCUACGGGUCUAGUCAAGAGAGCCGUCGCCAAGUUAGCCGUUCUGCCCAUCGAUUCCCAUUUAGUUGGAGCCCUACUUCCUCCAACGGGGGAGUAUGUUCGGAGCAGCCCGCCUAAACUAGUCUAG